GGCGAGCUGAGGGCUUCCGAGCCGCCCUCGGUUGGCUUCGCGGCGCAAGAUGGCGGACAUCUCCUUGGACGAGCUCAUCCGGAAGCGCGGGGCGGCGACGAAAGGGCGGCUUAACACCAGACCAGGAGUUGGAGGAAUCCGAUCUCGAGUUGGGAUUCAGCAGAGCCUCCUCAGCCAGCCAGCGCACACAGCCACCUUCCAGCAGAGAUUUGAUGCUCGGCAGAAGAUUGGCCUCGCUGAUGCCCGGCUCAAGCUGGGAGUCAAAGAUGCCCGGGAGAAGCUUUUGCAGAAGGAUGCUCGCUUUCGGAUCAAAGGGAAAGUGCAGGAUGCCAGAGAGAUGCUAAACUCUCGCAAGCAGCAAAGCACAGUGCCCCAGAAACCCCGCCAGGUGGCUGAUGCCCGGGAAAAAAUCAGCCUGAAGAGGAGGCCCCCUGCUGCCUUCCCAAGCCCACCCGUUGGCACGGUGACCCCGGCUCUGAAGCUCACCAAAACCAUCCAGGUUCCACAACAAAAGACCAUGGUGCCACUUCAUGCCCAUCCUGCUGGAAUGAGGAUCAAUGUUGUCAAUAACCACCAGGCCAAACAGAACUUAUACGAUCUAGAUGAAGAGGAGGAUGUUGUAGCACCCAUUCCUACUAAGCAGAUGAAGUUUGCAGCCACAGGCAGCCUUCUCCACCACAUGACUGGGCUGAGCAGUCCCAAGCUCUCCAUGUCCAAGGCCCUUCCUCUUACAAAAGUGGUUCAGAAUGAUGCAUACACUGCUCCUGCUCUGCCGUCCUCCAUUCGAACAAAAGCUUUGACCAACAUGUCCCGGACGCUGGUGAACAAAGAAGAGUCCCCUAAAGAGAUGCUGCCUGCUGAGCCUGUGCUCAGUCCCUUGGAAGGCACCAAGAUGACAGUGAAUAAUCUGCACCCUCGGGUCACAGAGGAGGACAUAGUUGAGCUUUUCUGUGUGUGUGGAGCCCUCAAACGGGCUCGGCUAAUCCAUCCUGGGGUGGCGGAGGUGGUCUUCGUGAAGAAGGACGACGCCAUCACUGCUUACAAGAAGUACAACAACCGGUGUCUGGAUGGGCAACCAAUGAAGUGUAACCUUCACAUGAAUGGGAACAUUAUCACCUCAGACCAGCCCAUCCUGCUGCGGCUGAGUGACAGCCCUUCAGUGAAAAGGGAGAGUGAGCUGCCUCGGCGCAUGAAUUCUGCCUCUUCUUCCAGCCCUGCUGCCGAAGUGGACCCUGACACUAUUCUCAAGGCACUUUUCAAGUCCUCGGGAGCCUCCGUGACCACACAGCCCACAGAGUUCAAAAUCAAACUUUGAGGAGGAUCGUGGAACAAGGCAGCCAGAAACAGGGCAGAGGAGGAUGGCCCUGUUUCCCCAGGCAAAGCUUGUGACCAAUGGGCCAUUGAACUGAAGCCCCCUGAGCGUGCGAAGGGUCGCUAGGGGUAGAGCUUCCUCGCCGGAUGGGACCCACCUCUGUGUUGUGUUCUACCCUGUGCGCCUCUGUGUGUUAACGUUUCUGUAGUAUGUCUCCUCUGCCCUCCACCUCAUCACCAAGGUAGGCUUGUAUUUCUCAGUGUGCCUCCUCCUACUCUUAGACCCAAGCUGAUUUCUCUGGAAAUGCUACACUAUUUCCCUGGGUGGCAUUCUUGGUGGCCUCAUGGGAUACAGAUCAGGGGCUGUUUGAAAGACUUGUUUUUCCAGGACCUUUCCUUUUCUGAAUUUUAUGCUUUCAAACAAGCAGGGGAUGAGAAGCCCAGCCGUGCUAAUAAGAGCCAGGUCUGCUCGAGAGUCAGAGUAGGUCACAGGUCUUUUGUCCUGUGAAAAGAACAGGCUCAGUAAAGGACAUUGAGGCACCAUGAACUUCUAAAUUUGCUGAAAUUAUUCCAAUGAAGAGAACCUAAAUUAAUUCAUGUUUCUGUGAAGUUAGAUUUAUUUGCCCAGCAGGAAGGAUCCAGAGUUUGAGCCCAACUUCAGUCCUCUAGCUCCAAGGUGGUCCAGGCCAAGAAUGUAGGAAGGGGGCCUGAGGGUGCCCACUUUCCCAUUCUGUAGAGAAUGCUGCUGCUUUUACCCACUUGUGUGGGUACAAAUGUCAUUCUUUUGGGCAGCUAGAAGACAUCCCUCCUGGUUUUACCCUUGUCCCAAGAGGUCACCCAGACUUCACCAGGACCUGAGUUGUCACUUAUGGGAUCCACUGGGCAUGGUUUGGACUUCAGGUACCAAAUAGGGAUUGUAGAUGCCCUGCCUGAUGCCCUGCUGUUCCCAUGGUAGGUGUGCUGUGACCUCAGAGUUGCACUGAGUCGGCAGCAGCCUCCUGGUUAUGUGGAACGUUGAGAAGGGGAAGGGACUUGUUACCUUCCCUGUGAGAGUACCAUCUUUGGAAACUGGAAGAGAAGAUGGUGGGCCAGCCUGGUGUCCUCUACUUCCCACUCCCUUACAUUACUCAUGUGUGUCUUGUUGAAAGGGAGGGGAGGAGGCAUUAAGGGAUGGAGGUGACCAUUACUUUCCAUUUCUGAAUAAAUGUUUGUUAUUCCUAA